UGCCGCAGGGCUCGUGAAAGCCUACCGUUUUGAAAUGGCAGGCUGUCUUCACGCAACCAGAAGCUCAGUAACACACAGAGAACGGACGUUGGGUACAGAGAGUGAGCGAGUUUUGCUCCACAAGCACACAAACAAAAAACGGAGUAUGGAUCGUACCGCUCUGUUGGUAGUACUUUUCCUGCAGGUAUCGCUGACCUUCGCCAGCCCGGACUAUGGAAUACCGAAUGCCGUCUACGGCACGGCCCGGCUACUGACCAGCGUGUCCGACGCAGCCAGCUAUCUAGACACACUGGCGGCACCACAGCUCGUACCGGCGAACAUCACGCAAACCACCUUCAAUCUGUCGAACGUGGUGCAGCUCCUCCAGCAGACGGGCAGUGCCAUAGCGCAAGACGGCAACAGUGUGGCGAGCGCGAUCACCAACCUCACCCAAAGCACAUCGGGCGAUCCGGCAGCACUGUUCGACGCUGCCAACCGGACCAUCCAGAGCGCGCUGGAUCACAUCACGCAGCUGCUUCCCUCGGUUAACUCCAACCUGUCCGCUCUGAUCGGUGCCAGCGUACCGGACCAGCUAACCGAUGGCUUCGGGCGGAUAGAGCUACGACUGAUCACGCUGCGCACCCAGCUGGGUACGCUCAAGUCUGCGAUUCUUGCAGCGAUCGCAGCAGCCGGCACUACCACGCCCAUCCCGACGGACAUACUGGCGAAGUACAUAACACUGAGGAAAGUGUACGACGUGGUGGAGUCCGCUCGGAAGCUUCGUGCCUUUCUACCGGUGCUGCGCUACACGCUCAACACCUCGAUCGAGGACAUGGUGGAGGCCGACCAGUAUCUGGCUCAGUACACCGGCAUGCUGGCGUCGCUCGACAGCUUGGUAGCGACCGUACUGCAGCCGCUCUCCGCAGCCAAGGAGGGUUACUACUCGGCACUGAAGGGUGGUGUCCGCGAUUUUGCCGCUUCCUACGCACUCGUGGAAGAGUCUACGCUCCUGCUGGCGGUGUACAAUGUGACGGGGCUGGGAACGUUGAUAGACACCAUGCUGGGGAAGUUUAACACCCCACUGGCAAACGUUACACAGGAUGUUGCAGCCGUGGCCUUACAGCUGCAGAACUAUCUGGACGCGGUCAAGGGUAUGGUGGGGAUCAGUGACCCCCAGGUCAUCUCCGUCACCGAGAGCAAGCUGACCGUGGCCCUGAUCCACACGCUGAUCGAUAGUGGCCCGUACUCGCGCUACUGCUUCAACAAGUACAAGGAUCAGGUCACCGAUCUGCUCAACUAUCUGCUGGAGGAGUCCUCGAUAUGCAUCGACCGGGAGAUACCGCGCCUGGGCAACCUCGGCCCAGCCGUGCAGAGCGUCCUCGAUGUCAGUGCGUACGACUUUGAGGACAUUAACGAUUGGCUUACGAUCUGUGACGGGCUGCAGGAACCGGCCAAUCAGAACCUGUGCGUCACGACGAUUACCCAAGCGUACACCAGGCUGGGAGAUGACUUUGCCGACAAGUAUGCACUGCUGUACGACCUGACGACUACCGAGGUGAACGCGAGCAAACAGCGGGUGAAAAUCUGCAUUGACCUGUCGAGACGAUGGCUCGCCGACGGCUACAUUCCGAACCUGCAGACCGGCAUCGAGCAGUGCGCUCUGAACGGCCCAACUGCGGUCUAGAAGUCGACACGAUACGCGUCAAUAAAUCGCAAUCGAAAGCAGAAUUUUGAAUUUACUUGUUGUUUUCGUUUUCUUUUUUGUUGUUGCU